UAGGGGGAAAAGGUGACAGCCGAUGGGAACGCAUCGUCAUAGGAGGGGAGAACGUUCUCGCACGUCUUGGGAGGCUUUCGUUGGUUUGCGCGCUCACAUCAAAACUCGCUGUGUUUUUGGUCCUCCCUCACUCAAAUCAACCAGUAAUCAACACAAGAUCAAUGCCCUCAUCACAGGAAAAGGCUGGCGCAGUGAUCGCUACUAAAAUUAGCUAUCGACACCCGAGAACGUUGACACCAAAAGAAAAAACUGCAUUAUCUGAAAACAAAUUUAGAGCGACAAAAACUAAAUCUGCUAUUUCAAAAUUGUAUUUUUCGGUAUUAUUAUUUAUCUUCACAUGUGUGGGUGUUCCAGAAUUUCAAAAUAAUGUCUAUGCUGUACCUUCUCCUGUUGGACCUUGCACUAUAAAUUCGGGAAUUGAUGGAUUUCCACAAAUUUCACUUCCAAAAUUACCCGGAACAAAUCCUAGGCUGAAAUGUACUGAUAAAGGAUAUUUCGAGUUGAUACAAUGCUUUUCGGAUUAUUGCGUUUGUGUGGAUCCAAGCACAGGUGCUGAAGCAACUUCUACAAAGACUUUAUCAAAUCGAAUAAAUCCAGAAUGUGGUAGAUGCUACAGAUCAUUAGCCCGUUAUUACAAGGACAGCGAUGAUUUUCUGUUCCGUCCGUUGUGCGAUCCAAAGACUGGUUUCUGUGUGAAUGUACUUAAUGGUCUCAAAUUGAGCAAGGAUGAAAAACCAAAUUCUCAGACUACUUGUGAUGAUGGGCAUUUUGAUUUUUCAAUUGGCGGAGGAAUGCUUACCAAGAGUGAGAAAUUACCAAGUGGUAUAACAAUCGAACAACGUAUUCCGAUUGGAAAUCCUCUUUGCAAAUUGCCUAAAGACUCAGGUGAAAACCGUUGCAAUGGUAAAGGAAAAGGAGUAAAGUGGUAUUUUGAUGUUGAUACAUUUGAAUGUUUAGCCUUUAGCUAUAACGGGUGUGGUGGAAAUAAAAAUCGGUUUGAUUCAGUAACUGAAUGUUGGGAUCAGUGUAGACUAGCGGAUAUGGCCGGAUGCGCAGGGAUGACACUUCCUGCAACAAAUACUCAUGGACAUACAAUUGUAUGUUCCAGUAUGGAAGCAGGAAGUGCCCCUAUACAAAGCUGUCCGGCUGGUUAUCGUUGUACAAUGCUUGCAUUUAUGGGUGUUUGUUGCCAUUCCGCUACUCAAGGUGCGAUUAUACCUUUUACACCUUUCUUACUUCUGAAGCUUGUUUAAGAUCUUUAUGAACGAAACUACCGACCUUCUUGUGUCAAUGGAAAGCAUCCCCUAUUAAUGGAAGCUGGAGGGACUCCUGCAAACCUAAUAGGUACGGAAAAGACAUUAUAAUCUCAAAGUUUAGAUUCAGGCAAAAAGUGCACUGAUAACUUUUGUCCUUCUAAUUCAAGUUGUGUUGAAAAAGAAAUUUUUGCUCAUUGCUGUC